AUGAGAGUCGGGGGCACUACGUCGCAGCUUCCCCUGAAGUCUGACAGCCUGGAUUUUCUCAUUGAGGCCGGGCCGCGAGUCGACGAGGCCGGUUUGUCGUCUCUUUUCGACAUUACAAGCCAAGAGUUACCCAGCAAAGAAGCCGCAACGAAGUGUAUACAAGCCUUUUUCGAAUGCGUUGCCUUUUUCUUUCCAAUCAUCGACAGAGACGUAUUCAUGUCGCGUAUGGAAAUGAUGUACACGCCGCAGAGACCGAGACCCAACGCUCUCGACUAUUGUCUCUUCCACCUCGUCGUAUCACUCGGAGCGCUGGUCCAGAGAUGUACCUCAGCACAGACAGAGGACAUGGACCGAGUUUACCUAUCUUCAUAUCAAAAAGCCUGGUCCAUGAUGUCAGACGCACUGGCAUCUCCUUGUGAGACCAGCUUGCAGAUCCUCAUACUUCAUAUAUUCAUCCACACCAAGUCUGGGCGAGAAGGGUUCGCCUGGGUCUUGUGUGGUCUUGCCAUCAGAGUCGCCCAAUCCUUGGGUCUACAUCAGAAGAGCCCUACAGAUAUGGGGUUCUCAGAGCGGCGGAUCAUCCUUCGUAGUCGCCUCUGGUGCAUAUUAUUUGGCUUUGACUCGAGUCUCUCACUCGUUCAAGGUCGACCUCCUGGGAUCUCGAGCGGCCUUUACGACAAGGACAUAUCUUACCUGGACGAGCUUUCUCAAAGUGACUCACCUUCUGAGCCGCCCAGUCGUGCGCAAAUGUCGAAUUGGUGGUAUAAACUAAGCCAGAUACAGAACCAGUACUGUGCCGUGAUGCAGACCAAGCAUUCACUUGUCUCCAGGCUAGACAGCAUAUCAGAAGCAAAUCAGCGCCUCGCGGUGUGGAAAGACAGCCUGCCAUCUUCGUAUCGCCCGGACGGAACCAUUCUAGUUUCUCCAGAGAACUACUGGCACGUCGUGUUACUCCACCUCGAGUACUUCAAUUUUCUGCGCACGAUUCAUCUCGCUGGCACUGUCCUGAGGCUUUCUUGUAGCGCAGUAGCGCACCAAAACUCAUCUGAAUACCAAGCUAGCGAGGUCAUCUGCGUUGAGGCUGCGAGAUGUUUCAUCAAAAUAUUGAACAACAGCUCUACGGGAGACAUAGCGACGAGGAAAGGGCGCAUAAUCGGGUUUCAUUCGACUAACUACAUGUCUGCUAUUGCAGUUCUCUACCGAAGCAUUAUGCGCAACCCUUCUGACAUCUCAACACGAGCUGACUUGGAGUACCUGCGUGCUGGGAAACUGCAUUUAGAGCACGAUUGCCCUGUGAGCAUUGCUAUUCCAACUGUAACCAAAUUGUUCAACGAUAUGCUUUCUACUGCUGAAGAAGCUGUACAGAAACGUAAGUAUUGUAUUAUUUAG